AUGAACAGACUCCGCAUCGGCCACAUCCGUCUCACACGCGGACAGGUAUUUGUUGGCAAAAAAGAGAAACCAAAGCGCGAUUCUUGUGGAACUGCAGAACCCUCAGACAACCACACAAUCACUGAAUGCAUCCAAAACGCUGCAGACGAACUCAACAGCACUCGACAUACCAAACUCGAACCUGACGUGGACACUACCACGCAAAAUUUAAAGUUCUUAUCGAUUAUAAACUUGAUCUCAACUCAAAUCGAUACUAAUGCUGUUCGUUUCGUUCUAUACAUAAUAUAA